AUGGAGAAGAUGGAAACAAAGUACUGCAGCAGUGACAGAGAAGAAACUUUCAAAACAGAACUGCCAUACUGCAUAGGAGAAAUUGACUUCACAGCUUCUGGGAAGAAACGUGGAAAGUUUAUUAAGGUCCCGUGCACUAUUCAUCCUGGAGUCAUAUUUGAAGUCAUGCUCAACAAAUGGAAGUUACCAGCUCCCAAUUUGGUUGUCUCUUUAGUAGGGGAAGAAGAAAAUUUCCAGAUGAAGCCUUGGUUGCGAGACACCUUAAAAAAAGGACUCAUAAAGGCAGCCCAAAGCACAGCUCACUGGGAUGGAAGCCUUGUACACUACCAAUCAGAUGAUAAUGCCCAAGGCCCACUGUAUUCACUGGACCACAAUCAUUCCCAUUUUAUUUUGGUGGAUCAUGUAACACCAGAGGAACCAGAUGGGACCACUAAACUACGGCUCACCUUGGAAAAGCACAUUUCAGAACAGCGUACUGGGUAUGGUGGAACAGGCAGCAUUGAGAUCCCCGUGCUUUGCUUACUGGUAAAUGGAAGGCCAGGCACACUUGAGAGAAUUUGCAUCGGUUUGGAAAAUUCCGCUCCCUGGCUCAUCUUAACAGGGUCUGGAGGAACAGCUGACAUCUUAGCUGCAUUCAUGGAUGAGCCGCAGCUUAUCAAGCCAGAAGCUGUUGAAAAGCAAUUUAAAGAGAAAUUCCCUGCAGAAAGCUUCCCGUGGAAGGACAUUCUCCAAUGGACAGCAACAAUUCGGAGCAUUAUUUCACACCAACAUCUCCUAACUCUGCACAACUUUGAGCAAGAUGAUUCAGAACUAGACACAGUCAUUUUAAAAGCUCUAGUAAAAGCAUGUAAAAGUCACAGUCAGGAUGCCCAGGAAUAUCUGGAUGAACUCAAGUUGGCAGUGGCCUGGAAUAGAGUGGACAUAGCUAAAAGUGAAAUAUUCAAUGGCGACGUGGAGUGGAAGUCCUGCGACCUGGAAGAAGUGAUGAUGGAUGCCCUGAUCAACGACAAACCAGAAUUUGUAAAGUUAUUUAUUGACAAUGGGGCCAACAUAUCCGAAUUCCUGACAUACAGUCGUCUGCAGAGACUCUACUGCUCCAUUUCGCAGAAGUGCCUCCUCUAUGAACUUCUGUUGAAGAAACAUGAGGAAAGCAAGUUGACAUUGGCAGGCCUCACUGGUCAACAGCAGAAGGAGAUCUCCCCACUCUUCACUCUCAGUGAAGUUUCUAGAGUUCUCAAGGAUUUUCUCCACGACGCUUGUAAAGGUUUCUAUCAAGAUGUCAGACAUGGAGGCAAGAAUAGAUCAGAUAAAACGAAUUCAAGGCAAUUACCUGGGCCCUUGGAUAUGAACCAGAAAAGCGAGAAGCCUUGGAGGGAUUUGUUUGUAUGGGCAGUACUUCAAAACCGGCACAAGAUGGCAAACUAUUUCUGGGCUAUGGGCCAGGAGGGCGUAGCUUCAGCUCUGGCAGCCUGUAAGAUCCUCAGGGAGAUGUCCCGUCUGGAGACAAAGACAGAAGUAGUGCAUGUAAUGAAAGAGGCCAAGUAUGAGCAACUCGCUGUUGAGCUGUUCAGUGAAUGCUACAGCAACAGUGAGGAGAGAGCAUUUUCUCUGUUGGUGAGGAAAAGUCAGUACUGGAGCAAAACCACCUGCCUGCACCUGGCUACAGAAGCAGAUGCAAAGUCAUUCUUUGCACAUGAUGGUGUCCAGGCCUUCCUAACAAAAAUAUGGUGGGGAGACAUGUCUACAAACACACAGAUCCUGAAGUUAAUAUGUGGAUUCUGGUGUCCCUUCCUAAUCUACACAAAUUUAAUAGCAUUCAGUGAGGAAAAACAACCAAAGAAUGAGACAGAGCCCUUUAAAGAGCUGGACAGUUUGGAUACAGAAAGGACUUUGUUUCUUUCUAAGGAAGAAUACAGAAGAAGUGGUAAAUUAGAAAAACAGAACCCUUCUGAAAACACAGCGUGGGCAACAUUCAUCUUUACUCGGUGGAAAAAAUUCUGGAGUGCCCCUGUAACUGUAUUCAUGGGAAACGUUAUUAUGUAUUUUGCUUUUCUGUUUCUAUUCACUUAUGUCCUUUUACUGGAUUUUAAGCCACCUCCACCUGAAGGUCCAUCUGCUAAAGAAAUUAUACUGUACUUCUGGGUUUUUACCCUGGUCUUGGAAGAAAUCCGACAGAGUUUCUUUAUGGAUGAAGACACAAAUUUAAUGAAAAAGUUUAAAUUAUACGUAGAGGAUAACUGGAAUAAAUGUGACAUGGUGACCAUCUUCCUCUUCAUAAUUGGGGUAACCUGCAGGAUGCUCAACUCAACUUUUCAAGCUGGCCGCACAAUCCUCGCCAUUGAUUUUAUGGUGUUUACACUUAGACUUAUACACAUUUUUGCAAUUCACAGACAACUUGGACCAAAGAUCAUAAUUGUGGAGAGGAUGAUGAAAGAUGUUUUCUUCUUCCUAUUUUUCUUGAGUGUGUGGCUCAUUGCCUAUGGUGUGACAACUCAAGCUCUGCUUCACCCUGAUGACAGCCGAGUGGAGUGGAUAUUCAGAAGGGUGCUUUAUCGUCCCUACCUCCAGAUAUUUGGCCAGAUCCCACUGGAUGAAAUAGACACCUCACGAGUAUAUCCCAGGAACUGUACAUUUAAUCCACUGCAGAUUCUACAGAACUCGCCAUCAUGCCCCAACGACUAUGCCAACUGGCUUGUCAUACUUCUGUUGGUCAUCUUCCUACUAGUCACAAACGUUCUCCUUAUGAAUCUCCUGAUUGCUAUGUUCAGCUACACUUUUCAAGUUGUUCAGGGCAAUGCAGACAUCUUCUGGAAACUACAACGCUACAACCUGAUUGUUGAAUAUCACGGACGGCCUGCCUUAGCACCACCGUUUAUCAUUAUUAAUCACAUAACUUUGGUUCUUCAAAUAAUCUUCAACAAAAUGGAACACAAGAAACAGCAUCUGGAAAGAGAUCUUCCAGUUGGCCUAGAUCAAAAAAUCAUAACGUGGGAGCUGGUGCAAAAAGAAAAUUAUCUAAUAAAACUUGAACAAGAAAGAAAAGAAAGCAAUGAAGAAAGGCUGAAGGCCACAUCUAAUAAGGUGGAUAAUUUGUCUAAAUACCUCAGUGGAUUGAAAGAGCAAGAAAAGAGGCUUAAAGUUAUCGAAUCCCAGAUUUGCUACUGUACAGCUGUUAUCUCCUCCAUGGCAGAUGUUUUAACCAAAACCAACCUCUUCUGCAAGCAGACAGAUCCAAACUACACACGUUUGAGAAAUGCCAGUACUGAAGUGCCUUUGCCAGAAAGGGUUGAGAGAGAAGAGUGUGCAGAUCCAACUGAGGCUGACGUCACAUACAUCGAUAAUUAAAUUUCAUUCUCAUUUCUUUGGAUUG